GACGCUUCGAGGAGUCGCCGCCAGGCGCCUCAGUCUCCUCCUCCGCCCUCAGUCUCUUCCUCCUCCUCGCUCAGGGAAAGCGGCGGCGGCGGCGGCUCCAUGCGCUCGGCUUUCCAGUGCGCAGAUGCGCCGCCGGAGCCCCUCCUGCGCGCCGCUUGAGCUCGGAGAGGAGGCCGAGGCCGGCGGCUGAAGCGGCAGGGGCGACCGCGACUCAUGGCUCCUCGCGCGGGUGGCUGAGACGAGGCUGGCCGCUGCCGAGUCCUUCCCCCCAUCCCCGCUGAAGCGACGGCUGGGGCCUUCCCCGGCGGCUCUCCCUGCGCCCCCCUGCGUGGCGGUGUGAUGGCCCCUUGCUGGAGCACCAACGGGUCCCUCGCUUGGAGGUCAGCGCAGCUCCUGCUCCUCGUCUCCUCCUGUUGCGGAAACCGUGCUCUUGCAGAACGUUCAGAAAAUGUGCAUAUUUCAGGAUUGUCAACUGCUUGUGGAGAUAUUCCAGAACAAAUCAAAGGUCCAACUGGGAUAAUCACUAGCCCAGGCUGGCCUCUUGAAUAUCCUACCAGAAUCAACUGUAGCUGGUAUAUUCGGGCAAACCCAGGGGAAGUUAUUACAAUAAGUUUUCAGGAUUUUGAUGUUCAGGGAUCACGACGAUGCAGUUCCGAUUGGCUAACGAUAGGGGCCUACAAAAACAUGGAAGGUUACAGAGCAUGUGGAUCUUCUAUUCCAUCUCCCUACAUCUCUUCACAAGACCAUGUUUGGAUCAAAUUUCAUUCAGAUGAAAGUAUAUCAAGAAAAGGUUUCAGACUGACUUAUUUUGCAGGGAAAUCUAAUGAACCAAACUGUGACUGUAACCAGUUCCAUUGUGCUAAUGGGAAAUGUAUUCCAGAAUCUUGGAAAUGUAAUAACAUGGAUGAAUGUGGAGACAAGUCUGAUGAAGAAACCUGUGCCAAAGCAAAUCAUCCGACUCCUCCUUCGUUCCAGCCGUGUGCAUACAACCAGUUUCAAUGUCUGUCUCGCCUCAAAGUUUAUACUUGCUUUCCAGAAUCUUUAAAAUGUGAUGGAAACAUUGACUGUCUUGACUUUGGAGAUGAAGUAGACUGUGAUGUCCCAACUUGUGGACAAUGGCUAAAAUAUUUCUACGGUACUUUCAAUUCUCCUAAUUAUCCAGACUUUUACCCUCCAGGGAGCAAUUGCACUUGGCUGAUAGACACUGGGGAUCAUCGCAAAGUUAUUUUGCGUUUCACUGACUUUAAACUCGAUGGUACAGGUUACGGGGACUAUGUCAAAAUAUACGAUGGGUUAGAGGAGAAUCCUCGUAAGUUGUUGCGUGUUCUAACUGCAUUUGACUCUCAUGCUCCUCUUACAGUUGUUUCUUCUUCUGGGCAAAUCAGAGUGCAUUUUUGUGCUGAUAAGGUGAAUGCUGCAAGAGGAUUCAAUGCUACUUAUCAGGUAGAUGGCUUCUGCCUUCCAUGGGAAAUCCCAUGUGGCGGAAACUGGGGCUGUUACACAGAGCAACAGCGCUGUGAUGGCUACUGGCAUUGCCCAAACGGAAGAGAUGAAACCAACUGCACCAUGUGCCAAAAAGAAGAAUUCCCUUGUUCUCGGAACGGUGCCUGCUAUCCGCGUUCUGACCGCUGCAACUACCAGAAUCACUGCCCAAAUGGUUCAGAUGAAAAGAAUUGCUUCUUUUGCCAGCCAGGAAAUUUCCACUGCAAAAAUAAUCGAUGUGUGUUUGAAAGCUGGGUCUGCGAUUCUCAAGAUGAUUGUGGUGAUGGUAGUGAUGAAGAGAACUGCCCGGUGAUUGUGCCCACCAGAGUCAUAACAGCUGCUGUCAUUGGUAGCCUUAUUUGCGGGCUUCUCCUUGUCAUUGCUUUGGGAUGCACUUGUAAGCUGUACUCAUUAAGAAUGUUUGAACGGAGAUCAUUUGAGACACAGUUGUCAAGGGUUGAAGCUGAGCUGUUAAGAAGAGAAGCACCUCCUUCUUAUGGACAGCUGAUUGCUCAGGGAUUAAUUCCACCUGUUGAAGAUUUCCCUGUUUGUUCACCAAAUCAGGCUUCAGUUUUAGAAAAUUUGAGACUCGCAGUACGAUCUCAGCUGGGGUUUACCUCCAUUAGGCUUCCAAUUGCUGGACGGUCAACUAACAUUUGGAACCGAAUCUUUAAUUUUGCAAGAUCUCGUCAUUCUGGGUCCCUGGCGUUAGUGUCACCGGAUGGAGAUGACAUUACCGGCCAGAGUGCAAACAGAGAAGCAGAAAGAAAUGGCUCUCACCGAAGUCUGUUUUCAGUGGAAUCUGAUGAUACAGAUACAGAAACCGAACGAAGAGACACAGCAGGUGCAGUUGGUGGCAUCGCUGCCACUUUGCCUCAAAAGGUCCCUCCUGUGACAGCAGUGGAAGCCACCGUAGUCUGUGGAACUUCCUCCGUUCAGAACACUAGCAGUAGCACAGACAACGGAAGAGAAGCAGCUAGUGUGGAACACGCGAGUUCAAGUCCGGGACGCCAUCAGUUUUCUAGUGCACUAAGUCGUAUGACUCAAGGUUUACGCUGGGUACGCUUCACUUUAGGGAGAUCGAGUUCGGUAAAUCAGAACCAAAGUCCUUUGAGACAGCUUGAUAAUGGGGUGGUUGGGGGAAGAGAUGAAGAUGAUGAUGUGGAAAUGCUAAUUCCAGUUUCUGAUGUAGCAUCAGACUUUGACGUGAACGACUGCUCAAGACCUCUGCUUGAUCUCACCUCAGACCAAGGACAAGGGCUUCGUCAGCCUUAUAGCGCGACACAUAAUGGGACAUGGUCCUGUAACAGAGAUGGUCCCUGUGAGCGCUGUGGGAUGGUACAUACUGCUCAAAUACCUGACACUUGCUUAGAAGCAACACUGAAAAAUGAAACUAGUGAUGAUGAGGCUUUGCUACUUUGUUAAGAGAUGGAUGGAAUGGAUGGAGUUGUAUGCAAGUUGGAGCAAUAUUGGUGAUUGUUUUGUACUUCCUAACAAAAGUAAAACUGGGGGGGUGGGGGGUGUAUUUCCAAAAAAAGAAUCAAGGGCAAAUCAUGAUACCUAAAAACAUGUUAUUGUGCUUGACUUAAUUAAUCUGUCAUGUGAAUAUAUAAUGCAAAAGUUUUCCCAGUUCAGCAUAUGUAAUGUACAUCUUUGUGGCUAUUCUUUAAAGGUCAUCUGAGGAUUUCUGCCACGGCUGCUUUUCCUCUUUGUAUCCUUAAAGCUUGCUUAGGAAUCUGACCAGACAGUGUCUUUAUAACAUAUGAAAAUAACAAGCAACAAAGGGUCUUUGUGAAGUUCUGCAGUAUUCAUAUUCCUGACUUGUCAUCUGCCGGUCAGAUGUUGAAGAACCGCAUAUGGCCGACUUACAUCUGUUGUUGAUUCCCCUUCUGCAUACUUUAGGGAUUAAGGCAGGAUGAGAUAACAUUGGAAAUGAUCCUCAACGUUCGAUAGGUUUAACAUGGUGUGUAAUUCACAAUAGAAACUUGGCUGCUCAACUACUUUUGGCUCCAUGCCACUCACCCAAGGUUGACUGGCUAGUUUGUACAGAAUAUUUAUUCCCCUUUGAAGUCAGAUCCAAUGUACUAUUGCCAAUAUAAUUUUAACUGAACAUACUAAAUGCUGAGUAUUGCUAAAUAUUUUUUUCCUUUUGUGGUUUAUAAUAUUUUGUCUAAUUGUUACUGAACGUCAUCAUGUUGAAUUUUUUCAGAGGGAGGAGAGAAUUUCUCCAACACACUAUAUAUAUAUUUUUUCUUUUAAGAGUUCAAAAAAGCAGUUAGAUAAAACCGAGGGCAAAAAAAUCUUUUGUAGUUUUUAUAACAUUGACUUUAAUAAGUUGGUCUAGUAUGGUACAACCAAAUAAGGUGUAAAAUUCAAAGUAACUUUUCCAUCUAUCUUUCAAGAUAGAUAGCUGUUAAAAUAUGCAUUCUUGUAUAUAAUGUGGGUUUUUUGUUUUGUUUUUUUUUUAAAGCUGAAACAGGUACACGUUACUCGAGGAAAAUGUGUUCCAGGAUCUUAUCCCAAAUGGGGUUUAAAUUUGUUUGAUCCAAAGGGAUUUGCACUAAAAUUAUAUUAAGGUCUCUGAAGAGCUUAGUGCACAAGCACUAUCACUUUACUAUUCUCUAAUACAGCAAUGAAUAUAUAUAUAUAUAAAUAUUUCUAUGGCUCUGGUUUUAGGUUCUUGCUUUCAUCAGUCAUUCUUGCUGCAAAUGAAUUUGCUUUACUAAUUUCCUAUUUAUUCAUUGUAUUUAAGAGCUGGUUUAUCUGGCAUCAUUUGGGCUUUUUAAAAAAAUCUGUGUAUUUCAAGGUUUUGUUUAUUAAUUUGAUCAUAUUGUUGGUGCAAAACCACCAUUGGGGGACAGAUGUUCAUAGCUUACAAUUUUGUGACCAGCAGGUGGUUGUUGUUGCUACUAGGUAAUAUUGAGAAUCUACAUCCUUUGAGAAAGUUAAAUCUGUCAGUUGUUGUUCUAUUUAUUCUUUGCCAGUCUAAGUAGGCUUAAUGAUUUAGUAUGAAAAGUAUUUUUGUGUGAAUGUAUGCUAUUUAUUAAAUUUCACAUAAUUUUGCUGAAUGUCAUUUUAAAGCAUGCUUAAAGUCUUGUGGAUUUCUUGUCAUAGUAUGCUGUCGGGAACAUUGACAAUGUUUUAAGAUGUAUCAAAUUAAAAAAAUGUAUUGAGAAUUUUUCAACAAAA